AACGUUGCUGCGUCGCCCAUAUCCGCUUGCAUCCAGGCCCCAUACUUGCAAUUUGUCUGCAAUCUGCCCGCCAUGGCCCCAAAACUUGUUCUCAUCCGCCACGCCCAGGCCCAGCACAACGCUACCAACGACUGGUCGAUACGUGAUCCUCCACUAACCGAGCUCGGUGAGCAGCAAUGCCGCGAGCUGCACGAACAUCUGAAGCAGACCGACAUUGGUAACCAAAUUGAGCUCAUUGUCGUAAGCGCACAAAGAAGAACGCUCCAAACCGCCACCAUUGGACUCGACUGGCUCAUCAAAAAGGGCACAAAGGUCAUUCCCGACGCAAACUGGCAAGAAAACGCAGACAAGCCCUGCGACACGGGGACCCCCCUCGACAUCAUAUCCAAGGAGUUCCCGCAGUACGACUUUUCUGUCGUCGACCCCUCAUUUCCAGAUAAGACGACAAACGGCCCCAAGAACCCGUAUGCUUUUACCGAAAAGGCCAUUGUGGCGCGCGGCCAAAGAUGUCUUGAGGAUCUGUACUCGCGGCCGGAAAAGGUGAUUGCCGUAGUCUCGCACUCUGGCUUCCUGCGCACCGCCAUAUGUAACCGCAUGUUUUUCAAUGCCGACUACCGUGUGUUUGACUUUGACGAAGAGGCCAUGAAGAAGCAGCCGGGCACUUUUGUGCUCAAGGAGAGCGACGAGACAGACAAGAGUGGCGGUGGCAUGGGCAGGAGCGAGGUUGGUGUCUUUGGUAUCGUGCCUGGAGACUUUCCGCCAGAGGUGGAUGAGCAAGACGUGGCAAAGGAGGCAGACAAGGUGGAUGACGAAGCUGCAAGAGAGAAGCCAAGUGCAUAAUCUGACCGGCUACAUCCAAGUAUACACAAUCAUACGCAUGGUCUGUCGGUGUUUGAUCUUUACCAAAUGUCCUUUCCCCACACAAUAUCCAGCAAACUAAUCUACAGUAUGACUAUGCAUCAGUAAUCUGGGUUUCGCAUUUGUAUUGAUACUGUUAUGUGAUAUCCUGACCAGUCCAGCCCUCCACUCUGUAAACCUUUUCCUUGAGACAAUCAUGGGAAUCCCCCGUGUGGUUGGCUAAGCUCCUGUCGAGGAGUUUCCCACUUUACCAGCCAGUCUGAGCAAAUUGAAGAUGAUGCUUCCAAUGCUUGUACUUUCCUUCCCACGCGGCAUUGAACGCGGCCAUGGCUUCUUCCUCUCUGGCCCCCUUGAUUGCGAGACUGACGGCUUGGCCAUACAGCACAUGCAGCUCCGUGCUUGCCCGCGCCAGACGCUGAUUAUUCAAAAACACCGCCAGCGGGUCCUUGGACCAGCGAG